CGUAAACAAAUCGUCAGCGCGUUUCCGCUCGUCAUUCCAUGUUGAUACGAUUUCAAGGAACAUCGAUCGACUUACAACGACAGAAGUCGAUCGCACGGUAGACAUCGGCUGGAGCUGACCAAUCGCUUCUUAGGUUGUACGUCUGUUCCAGCCGGCCCUCAUCUGGCUUGAGGUCUCAUUGUCUACCAUCAAAUCCUUUCCUGCCACAGUUCGAAAUGCACCCUUCAGAGUUGCAUCACGGACAUUUUCGCGAUAAGAAGGCCGCGUCGAUCUCACCAUCUCGCCUUCUCAUUUUGCUACUCACCCUCUCCGCCUGCAUUUCCGUCUCCGCCGUCGCAGGCGCCCCGUUCCCGUCAGCCACCACCUCCAGUGAGACGGCAGUGAUAUCGUCAACGAUCAUGACAACACCGCAGCCGACGCCAACACCGCAACCUAGCGGUAGCAACAAAUGUCCAAGCCCACAAGACCAGCAGCAACAGCAGCAGCCGCGGCCGAAGACCCCACCCAACCCGCACCUCGCGUCCUGGCCGAGCGGCGAGCAUACGGGGACGUUGCGCGACGUGCGCACACUGUUGCCGCCUGUUGUUGGUGGGACGCUAGGGUUUGGUGGAGACAAGUCAACCACCAGCACGACGGUCACGACGAAAACAACCCUGAAAACAACCCCCGAUGCGAAGCCAACUCCGACAUGUGAGCCUUGAGCGACUCUGAUGACAGGCUAGCGUUUGCAGUUUCCAUAGUGUGGGGCAGAGAACUAUUCAUUCGAUCAUCACGCCAUGCAAUUGCGGACCAGAGUGAGGACGAAUCUUGUCUAUUGUCUGUCUAUAACGUUUUUAUGAGAAAAUACAAAAAAAGGGA